AUGGCUCUAAGCUCAAUUGGUAAAGCCUUUUCCCCAAAUCCUAGGAUUGAAAAAGAUGAGCUGAUGGACUAUUUACACUGGGUAAAACAAGCUUUAGGACUAAUUUUUGGAAUUAUUGUGGGAAGUGCAAAAUAUACAGGAUUUCCAGUAAUAGUAAUAUUUGCAAUUGCUUUAAGUGCAGUUUCACUGUUUUAUGCUUGGAAAAUCAUAGGCACUGAAGAAAUCGAAGCUUGGGAUAUUGUUUCAGAAGCGUUUGGGCCAGGAUUUUUCAGUUUUAUACUUGCAUGGAUAUUAGGGUACACAUUUCUUUAG